AUGGCCUCGCCUACUCACGACCCGGCUGACAUUCUUUGCUGGAUGAGGGAUGUGUCCGGAAAUUUGGAGGACAUAAGCUCACUCGAAGAAGAGGUCCCCAAUCCCCCUGAGAUUAAGCAAAUUCAAGAGACUAGUUCUGGUACCGCUUACAUUGCUGACCGGUCUGCUUCUGGAAGUGGAUCACGGGCAAGCGAAUCUGGAGAGACGCCAGCUCUGACGACAAAUUCAACAUGUACCAAACGCUCCUCACGAUCUGAAGAUGGAACUGACGAUGAAAGUGUUAAGAGACGUAGGUGCAGCUACGUUCAGUCGCCAACGUUUAUACAAAGCCCAUGGGAAUCUGCGACCGGUUGCCAUAUGUACUACCGAAACAGCUGUCGCCCAAGAAAGCUGGAAACUGUCACAUCGUCUUACUGGCCAGAUAUUCGCGACGUCUAUGCCAGAUCACUUCAUGACCCGAGCAUCAAAUGUUGCGUUCCCUGUUCCAUCUGUCAUGAGGAUUGCGCAGACGAAAGUACAUCGCGGGCAAAAAGCGAUCAGCCAAAGGACUGCCCAGUGUGCAGAAGGUUGCUCCAAUGCUCCGAAUGCAAGGAAGCCUUUAUGUUCUCGAUCCUUUGUCGCGAUUCUUACGUCCCGAAUCUGAAGACCAAAACCUACAGCGAGCAGCCAAUGGAGCAGACCAUUUGCAACGAUUGUCAGGCCGAGACUGAUUUCGGAAGUCGAAUCCUCCAAGGUGAGCAUAUUGCCGAGCCAUUUCCCCGCGGCGGCGCUCCCCGACAUAUGAUAGAUUGGUACCGUCAUGUAAGGGAUGAGUUUGAAACCAAAGCAAAGUUGAGCUUGGGUGACGGAAUGAGACCGAUCGACGUCUCCGGCAUGAUUCACAAAGAGAUUUUCGCCGAGAUGGAAUCAUGGCUGUAUUUUCUGAAGGAGGAUGUGGCUCACAGAGUACAGGCAAGUAUCGCUAAGAUUGAGACAGAGUUGGAUGAAACUCACUGGUGGAAUCGCGCUGGAGUGGACGCGGAAGAAGAGUUCGACAUCAACCCAGGCUAUGGCAAUCGCUUAGAUGGUGGCGAGGACCGCGGCGAGGACGGCAUGAGUUACGAGGGCUUUGAUGGCCGCUGGCAUGGCGAUGAGACUCAGGCUGGGGACAGAGAUUACGAUGCCGCUAACUAUACUUGGUGA